AUGAGCUCGCCAACAUCUCUCAAUAAAGACUUGUCGAAAGUGGCACCCAAAGAUGUUCCACAUGGGAAACAUCCUGAUGGUAUACUUUUGAAGAACUUGGUUCCUCUCAGUCCAUUGGGGCCAUCAGAGAGCCGAACCUUUGGAAUGUCGAGCCUGGGGAUGGGGUAUGUGUGCCAAAAAUCAGAUCCUGCAGUGAGGUUGACCUUCUCACCAGUGGUGAGCUUAGAAAGAAUAUCUUCGGGAUUCCAAGACAUUGGCAAUCAAUUGAACAAGAAUGUCUGGGAGGUCACAAGGUUAGACCUAAUUUUGGCACAUCUGCCGGGCUUUAUACUCUCCUCGCUUUACCCCGAGAAUAACCCGUUAUCCAGCCUUUGUGCUUGCAGACUGCCCGAUUGGGGUCCAAGGGGGUGCUCAUCGUUAUCGGGGUGCAAUUUGGCUUCCGCAUCCGUGUGGGACUUUGGGGACGGCUCCAGGUAG